AUGUUAAAUCAACAAUCAACAACAAAAACAAUAACUCCUAAUCGUAAGGAAUUAACACCCGUAAAAGUCGCACAUGAUUAUGUUUUUACUCGAUGGAUGGGUUCAUGGGAACCUCGAUUAUCAUUAUGGUCAACUAGAUCUUAUUCCGAUGCACUACUAGCUUAUAUUGGUAAAAUCUAUGGACAACAAGCAAAUGUUUAUCAUUGUUUUAAUACAUUAUGGAAUGAAAGUUUAUAUAAGACAAUAGAUGAACUUGAUCUACUUAAUAUAUUAAUUGAAAGAGUAUCAAAAAUACCUGGCGCAAAAGCUUCAUUACAUAAACGUCAAGAAACAUCAAGAAUUGAAAGUCGUUUCAAUGAAUUAAAAUCUAUAUUUGACAAAAAUUAUAAUUCCAGAUUUAAACUUUCAUCAAAACUUUACAACAAUGAAUUAAUUAAUAAAGAAUCAAUUGAUAGUUAUUUUGAUUUAGGCUGUGGAAAUGGUUUGAUAACAGCUCGUAUUGGAAAUCAUUUUAAUAUAAAAAAAGAAAAUAUUUAUGGCGGUGAUGUUUUUAAUAGUAAUAAUGAACAAAUAACGCAUGUAUCAAUCGAUCAAAACCAAUCAAUUAUUGAUCUAAGUGAUCAAUCUGUUAGUUUAAUAACAUGUCUUGUUACGCUUCAUCAUAUCGAAAAUAUUGAUAAUAUGCUGAAUGAACUUGCACGUAUUAUUAAACCAAACGGUUAUCUUUUAAUACGUGAACACGAUUGUAAAUUAGAACGUUCAGUAUUAACAAAAUAUUUACAUUUUAUCCAUGGUAUUAUGAUCAUCGGGCGUAUAGGAGAAUUUAGUAAUGAUUAUGUAACGCAUAAAAAUGAAAAAUUAACAUGGGUAGAACAAAAAAAGAAAAUUGUUAAAUAUACGAAAUCAAUACAAUAUAAAACACGUCAGGAAUGGCAAAAUAAAUUAGAACUGGUUGGUUUUGAUUUACUAGCUAUAUUUGAUUAUGAUUUAAAUAAAACAACAAAUCCUCAACGAUUAUUCUAUGGAUUGUAUAAACGUAAUGAAAAGAUAAAUUAA